GAAGGUCUCACCAUCAACACGCCUCAUAAAGUUAACGACAAUUACAUACCAUGCCAUCAGCACGUCUUAUAAAACCCAAUAGCGGUUACUACAAUCGAAUGACGAAAGGUGUAUUUUUUCCAAUAGAAUCUUUACAAAAAUGAAGGAUUAAAAGUCAAUUUAGUUUGGAAAAUUAUGUAAAUGGCUGAUGUGAGUGGUGUGGAAAACACUUAGUCAAGCCACCAACCGUCAAAUGCAAAGCAUGUCUAUUACUAAAAUGGCUGCCGGGAGAGACAUGCUGGCAGAGCUCUCGAGGCGUGAGAAGGAGGCCGGAAUCAAACCUGAUCUUGAACUCGAUGCAAUCAUGAAGGCCACAUCCAUCCCUGGCAUGAAAACCAGUUUAAUCACUGAUUAUGCACUCAAGGUUUGUUACCUCAAAAAAAGUUGUUUUUUUUCUUUCAAGAAUGUGGAUUUUGACUUCAAAUUUACAGAUGCUUGGCUUGGAUAUAUGCUCGGAUACUCUGGUUGGUGAUGACAUGAGGAGAGGCGUCUCGGGAGGGCAAAAGAAACACUUAACGACUGGGGAAAUGCUGGUUGGUCCGACAAAAGCCUUUCUCAUGGAUGAAAUAUCGACCGGAUUGGACAGCUCGGCCACUUUUCAGAUCGUGAACUACAUGAGGCAGAUUGUGCAUAUAAUGGAUGUAACCAUGGUCAUCUCUCUGCUGCAGCCAGCCCCAGAGACCUACAAUCUGUUCGACGAUGUUAUCUUAUUGUCAGAAGGUCAUCUUGUGUACUAAGGUCCACAGGAGGCUGUCCUCGGCUUCUUUCACCACAUGGGGUUCAAAUGCCCGGAACGAGAAGGAGAAGCUGAUUUUCUUCAAGAAGUGACAUAAAAGAAGGAUCAAGAGCAAUACUGGUACAUGGCAAACCAACCCUUUAAAUACAUCUCACCUUCGGAUUUUGCAGAGGCGUUCAGCUCCUUCCACAUAGGCCAACGUCUCAUUGAAGAGUUCAGCGUUCUGUACGAUAAAUCCAGAGCUCACACUGUAGCUCCUUCCUCAUGACCCUCUUGAUUGGCCUCGUAUUCGGCCUCAUCUUCUGGAACUAAUGGACAAAAGAUGUAAGUCUAUAUCUCAAACAUAGUCUCUAAGGUAGUUCUUGAAAUGAGCUAAGGCUGGGAUGUACUAGGCUUUCCCUUAUGCGUUCGCGCAGGUGGCUAUCGAGACAAUGUAUGUUGCAAUACAGAAAAUAGCAUACACUCUCCUGCUCUACUCAAUGAUUGGAUUCCAGUGGACUAUUGCCAAAUUCCUCCUCUUCUACUACUUCAUCUUCACAUCCUUCCUCUACUUCACUCUGUGACAGUUAAGACAUUACUCGGACAAAACUUAGGUUUUGAUCAUGAUUUUCUGCCUCUUCUUGUUUUCUUGAACAUGGUUUUUAUUUUGCUGUUUGUGCUCAUCUUUGGAUUUGGCAUCAAG